GGCAAGGAGGCUGUGCCGUCUGUGGAGGGCAUCCGGGAAUUGGUUCCGGCGAUGUGCAAAGGUUUCUUGGAGAAGGCCAUGAGUCUUGACCGGGUGAAAGCUGGGCAGGAGUUGCCUGCCAAGGAUCAGAAGGUUGCCACCGGGGUGAUCAGCCUGAUCUACAAAGACGACGAAAAGAAGAUCCUGCUCCAGAUCUUAGAUUUC